AUGCCUCUCACCGAACUCUCCCAGCAUGCAAUCACAAACGUCGGGCCGCUGACAACAACAUUCACCGCGCCCAGUUCAUGCGCUACCUCAUCCCCGAGCCUCUGGCUGGCCGCAGAAUCCGUCUUCACGGACCGCGUGCAACCCUUUUUCCGUCAAAAAUGCGAAGGUUCGGCAUACGGCGAGUGUUUCCCCUCCGGCACCGUGUUUGAUCAGCUCCGCUCAGCGGCCUCUGCCACCGUUGGCGCGGGCACCAUUGCCUACUUCUCGCCCGCAAGCGCCUGUCCCGAUCAGUACACGACGGCCGGUGUCGCUGUCAAGAAUGCCGAGGGCGCGAUCAGUUCGUCUGGAGUCUUUGUUCCGCCCAUCAUCAGCGUGCCGUUUGGGUCCGGGUUCAUGAGUGACAGGCUUGGGUAUAAUCCCAUUGUCAACGUUCUUAUGGAGGCUCUCGAUAGCAAUGAGACUGCGGUUAUCUGCUGUCCCGAUGGCUACGCUGUAGGGUUCAACGGAGAGUGCUUUUCGCAAGUUCCAGAUUCAGUCUACGGCACCAUGACGGCGUGUCAAAGGGUCUUCAGCAAUGUGACCAUGGUGCCCGCGACCUUCACUUACAACAAUACCGUCGUCUCCGGAGCUGUAUACUCGUACACAGCCACCAGCUACGAUAUCAAAACUAAGACGCAGACUUUUACCAAUGGCCGGGAGGAUGCCUGGGUUCCGGUUGCUUCGAGACCCGCUGUGACAAUGAUUUACAACGCGGCUGCGCAGACCGGCACUAGCAGCGCAGGUGGGAGCGGCACGACGGCUGCUAGCGGCUCCUCAGCUCCGACGGGGACGGGGGCGUCCAGUGCGGCUCAUUGCCUCCAAAUGACAAAGUCGGGGGGUCAUGUGGGAAUACUGGCGACGGUAUGGGCUUUUGCGGCGCUUGCUGGUGUUGCCCUGGCGGUGCCUUUGUAA